AAAAAGUACAUAUGAAUAUAUUAAUCUAUAUAUGUAUAUAUCAUGAUUAUGAUUGGUUCGUUGGAUUUCCCUCCUUUGGAUGAACGUUAUCGUUUAUUCCAGCGGUGUUCAAAGAAUGAUAACCUGAAGAUCAAAUUUACUUUAUCAGAAAAUGAUAGGUUAAGGUUAUCUUUACAUAUUUAACUUCACUUAUAAAUGAUAAAAUAGUCACAUAAACGAUUUUAGUUUAUUGGACUUUAGUGAUGGAGUUUCUACAAAUUUUUGACAAUUUUAAAUUGGACGAUCUGAACGAUAAGUGGGUAAAUACUGUGUGGGAUUCACAAUUUCUAACCUACGAGGAACCACCUCAAGAUGAUUAUUUUCUUUUCAUUGAAAGCGAGGAUAUGGACUUAUUAUUACAAGACACUUGUGAAGUCGUCAAAGAUUGGCUUGCUGAAAUUCAAACUUCAGAAGAAUGCAAUAAUAAAGAAGCAAAUGUUUCUUGGGAUGUAUUAGUAAGUUUGAAUAUAAAUGUGCAUGCUUUGUUAUCGGUUUUGUACUAUAUAAUAAAAUCUGGUCAACGUGAUGAAGCUAACAAAACAAGUAAGCAAACUUGUUUAAGCGCAACAAGUUUAUAUUUUAUGUUAUUGGCUAUACCUGGAAGUCAUGCUUUUAAUAUAUUUCAUCCAAACUUAUAUAAAAAAGCAAUUGAAUCUUUGAAAUUAUGCAAACUCUUAAUUCCAAUAAUUACAAAGGGAAAUAAAACUGUAAAUUUAGAAUAUAUGGAUAUUAAUGAAGAUCAAUCGAGCGAUCAUGUUACUUCACUUUCAGAAAAGGUUUUAUUGAUUGAAGGUCUUAAAAGUAUUUUGUGUAAUUUCAUCACAAUGAUAAAGUUAUUUUCUUUUAGAACUUAUUCACAUUCAUUAGAUAUUACUAUCUCUGUAUUACUUGAAGUUACUGAUGUCAAUCAGUUUGAAUAUCAAAGAACAAGAACUAAAUUAUUUUGUAAUGCUUAUACAGCUCUAUUUAAAUUAUGUGAUAAUAAACACGGACCUAUCAAAGCAACUAUUAUGAUGAUAGCAAAAUACAUACAUCCUCGUUUUCUUUUUAAUCAUAAUGAUCAUCAAAUAAAAUUUAUGGCAAAUAUGCAUGAAUUAACAAUAGAUUUUUUAAGAAAAUUAUUAGAUUCUUAUGAAAAAGAAGCAAAGAUUGCUAUAAUGACAUUAAUUCAAUAUAUUAUGAUUAAAUGUCCAGAACGGCAAGAGGCUCGUCAGAAGCAAGCUACAGUAUUAUUAAAACUAAUUACAAUAUGCAAAGAAGAUAUCAUUAUACAUAUUAUUAAUGAUAUAAUAUCCCUUUCGCAUAAUACAAAAGUAUCCUGUAGGCUAUUUGCUCAAGAGAUGAUUGGAAAACUUUUAAUGGAAUCUAAUUUAAAUAAUCACGGUUUAAUAGAAUCUUCUCAGUGGAAGAAGAUAAAAAAAGCAUUAAUUGCUACAACAUUGAGUAGAUGUCUGGAUUCUUCUAAUAUGGUAAGAGGUAGAGCUAUGGCAACAAUUGCAGAAUUUACAGAUACACAAAAUAAUAUCAUUGAAAUGCUCGUAGAAGAUACAUCUGAAGUAUCGUGCUCUAAUGAGACACUUCCUUUAUUCGAUGAAUUAAGAACAAUAUUAAUAAGAGAUGUUAAUCUGAUGCCAAGAUUAAAUACAGUACUCGUUAUGUUAAUAGACCGAGUAGAAGAUGAAAGAGCAUUAGUAAGACGAAGUGCAUUACAGAUUUUAAAAAAUUUGACUAUUAAAUUUCCCAUACUGACAUGUCAAGUUGCUCCUAUAGUUGGUCGUCGUUGCAGAGACCCUGUAAUGACAGUACGUCGUUUUGCAAUACAUGUAUUAUCUGUUAUUUUAGAACAUUUUCCUAGUGAUUCACAAAUCCUUAAUGAAUGGGUAGAAACAGUAUUACCACAAAUAUUUGAUACUGAAAUUAAAGUACAAGAAAAAGCACUAGAAUCCUUCCAAGACUUACUAAUAAGUAAGAUAACAAAUCAUUCCAAUUAUACUGAUAAUGCAAAAAACAGUUUACCAUGGAGAAUUGUGGGUAAAUUAACUGACAUGAAAAUGAUGAAACAUUUAUCAAGAGCUUGUAAAAUAUGGACUAAAAAUAAUCUCAUAAACAACUCUUUAAUCACAGAUAUACAAUCACAUAUUGGAUCAGAAAAUGAUACAUCUGCAUGGGUUCUUUUAACGGCAAUAUCUGAAAGCAUGAAAUUACCAAAUUUGGAUAAACAUAUUGGCGAUUAUAAAGAUCUUAUACAAAAAAAUAACUAUCAUUCAAAUUUAAUUUUACAAAUAUUGAGAAAUUCUUGGUCGUCUUUAAAUAAAAAUGACAUGAAGGAUUUGUAUGAAUAUCUUUAUCAAUGCCUUUGUGAUUUCAAAAUUCAUUUUGGUUUAAUUAGUAUUUGUCUUGAUAUCAUUGGUGGUAUAAUAAAACAAUUAUAUCCUAUUGAUAAUAAUCGUUUAGUGCAAUCUAACACGAUGAAAUUAAUGGAAAUAUCAGAAGUAAAAAUACAAAAAAUGCUUAAAACUAACAAUAAAACGAUGAUAGAUACGUCAAAUUAUAUAAAAGCUAUGUCUACGUUAGGACAUGUUGCAUUUUCAUGUACUAAUAAGCUUUCAUCAUCUACUUUACGUAUUUUGGAAGGCUUAUUACUUGAAUCGGAAUUAUUACCAGAUUCAAUAAAGGAAGUAAAAGAAUUACAAGCUUUUGCUGUGGUUGUGCUUGGACAACAUGCAAUAAGAGAUCAUGAGAUAGCACAAGAGGUAAUACCAAUUUUAGGUAGACUCUUGCGUAUGGAUAUAAAUCACAAUUCAAGCACAGAGAUAGCUAUUAAGGUGAAUGCUGCUAAAGCUUUAGCAGAUCUCUGUAUUAGGUUCACUACAUUAGUUGAACCUUAUUUAUCAGACAUGUGUAUUUGUAUGAAAGAUCGUAGUUCUAUAGUAAGAGAAGCUGUUGUUGUAAUAUUUAUACAGUUAUUGUUAGAAGAUUUUAUAAAAGUAAAAGGACCAUUCUUUUUCCAUAUAUUAACAAUGUUAUUUGACCCAGAUAAAAUGAUACGGGAGUUAACUAUUUUUUUAAUCGAAGAAAGACUUUUAAAAAAAAAUAAAGUACUGAUAUCACAAAAGUUUUUGGAAAGCAUAUAUCAUUAUAAUGAUUAUCAAUUCAAGCACAAAUUAUGUGAUCGUAAAAUGCGAAAGGAAGAAAAAGAAAUCUUAACAUUUCCAGGAAAUAAGAAUCAUGAUAAUAGAGCAAUUAUUUAUAAUUUUAUGAUAGAACAUUUAGAUCCUCCUGAAAAAAUAAAAUUACUUGUAAAAUUAACUACGCAAGUACUUGGUAGAGUUUCUAAUGGUACAAUUAAUGUUACAAGUCAAAAAGGUGCAUGUGUUCUAAAAGAUACAUUAUAUAUACUUAAUAAUGAACGUUUACAACCAUUUCUAUCCUCUAAUAAACAUCCUAUAAAUACUCAAGAUCAAGAAGAUUUUAUGAAUCCAUCAGAUGUAUCAACUACUAAUGCAAUAACUGUAAUUAUAGAAGGAAUGAAAAGGCAUGGUUUAGAGAUAUUAUUGCCAACAUUACUAAAAGUAAAAGAGAAAUUGGAAAUUUUAAAAUCACCUUUAAAACAUGAUGUAAUGAGAUUUGUUUUUAGAAUGUAUACAAUUUACAGCAAAGAACAUCUUGCAAAUUUGUUAAAUGAAUAUCCACAAUUGGAGAAAGAAAUUGAUCAAUACAAAAGAAAUGUUGAUAAAGAUGCAAACACAGAGACUGAUGAUGUUGAAAUACAAGAUAAUUUGGCAUCACUUAAGAAUGGCACAGAGAAUCUUAAAACAAAUGUACAACUUUCUAUCUGUACUCGUAUACCUAAAGUUAUUUUACAUCGUAUUUCACCAACGUCCUUUAAAAAAAGGUAUUCAAAAAUAUUAUCUUCAAAUUUAAUAAAUAAUUUACAAUCUGAGAUAAGUUCUUCAGAUAAUCGGCCUAAUUUAAUAUCUACAAAGUUAAGUAAUUCAUGUAUUUUUAGACAAGAAUCUAAUCCAAGUACUAGUACACCAAAAUUAUCUGACAGAAGUUAUGGUUAUAAACGUGAUUAUAUAUUACCAAUUAAAUGUAAUAAAAGAUCCUCUCAUUCUCAGGAGAUGACAUUGAAUCAUAAAGUCAUAAAAAGUAGUACAGUGCAAAUUGAAAGUGAUUCUGAAUAGCCAAAAUAAUCAAUUUUAUAUAUAAUAAGAGAUGUGGCAAUUACGAAUAAUAAUCUACAAAGAUUAUACCUACCUCGUAAUUUUUGUUGAAUGUGUAAAGCUGUUUGUGAGAUAGUUUGAGUACGAAUUUCAAGUUCUCUUUGCAUAUCUAGAAAUUAAAUAUGAAUAGGUCUUUAACUGAUAUUAAUAUUUUGAAAUUUAAACAUACCUUUGCUUGUAUGUGAUAAAACAUUAUUAUGCAAAUCCUUAACAACUGAUAUAUUUUCCACAAGCAGUUGUAUAAAACCACGUACUUCUUCAACCUACAUUAACAUUAUCUUAUACUUUUAUCAUUCAAAUAUCACAUGAUUAUACGUCAAUUCAUUAUACAUACUUCCAUUAACACUUCUUUUAAUUUUUUAUUUUGUGCUAUUUGAAUGUGAACAUCUUGCAAAAAUCCUCUGCCGAACGUAGUACUGCUAUUACGGCACUUGAAAUCAAAAUAAAUGUAUUUAUAUAGUGUCCUUAUAAAUUGAACAAAAGAUAUUAGUUUGAUUGAUGUGAUUAAAUGUUUAAGUAGCACAAGAAUAAAGGAAAUAUUUGCUGAUAAGCUUAAAAUAAACUAUCUAUUUGUAUAAGAUACAAGAAUAUCAUAUAAGCCUUACUAAUAUAUAAUUCUUAAAUUAUGUCGUGAUAUAAUUAUAUGAUUUUUAAAAAGGAAUAUGUACUAACGGCACAUAAAUCCGGUAAACGAUCGCGAACCAUGAUGAGUAUUGUUUCAAGAUCAACGUGUAACUGACGAUACCGGUGAACUGAAUACACAUGAUAUAUAUCUCAUUAUCCAUCUUAUCAGGGCGUUGCAGGUAAUAGAUAAAAGUCAACGUUCCAUUUAUAUCGUGAAAUCGCGUGUGUAAUUUAAAUGGAUAAAUUUAAGUUUAUGAAUAAUUUUUUAUAUGAUGAACAUCCUUGGCAUAGUUUCAAUCUAAAACAGAUCGUCUGUGUAAAUGAAGAUACUUUGCAUCUGGAAUGUAAUAGGAAACAGCCACUUAGCAGCUGAGCUACAA